GGGAGCAUCCCCAACAUCCACUCCAAGAGUGCCAGUGGGGACCAACACAAUGGCCUCUACACCAUCUUCAUCAGUCAAGCAAACAAGUCCUAUACCUUCAAUCCAGAGUCACUCCUGGUCCAGGACAUCGCCAAGAUUCCCAAGCUCAUGGCCUACAAGAAGCCCUCCCUCAUCAAGAGGUGGAACCCAAAGGCCUGGGACCCCAACCCCGACCGCCGACCCCGCUGA